AUGUUUGCCUCAUUGGCGACCGGCCUCAAGGACGAUAUCAUUCUCAUGCAGCCGGCUACACACAACAUAUGCAAGCCACCCUUAUUUCUUCCUCCCAGUAUUGUUUCUUUCCUCAGUGCCGCCUGCAAAUUGCAAGUUGCAUCUGUGAAGAUGUGUUGGAGUGUCCUGAAGAGUAGUAUUUGGGCUGGAAAUUUUGCUGUUCAUGAGAAGAUGAAAGACUUAUUCAAGAUACACAGACACCCUCAUGGCCUUACACGACACACGUUCUAUCCACCAUUCAAGAUGUGUCCCAAUUCCACCUGUGAUUGCACACAAAAAGGCUUGAUGCUCAGCAAGGCUGAACAGCACAAGGUGGUCUAUUUUGGCCGCUCUGAUGUUGUGCAGAUUGCGGAUCACUACUUUGUUGACUAUGGAGUAGUGAGGUUAUGGAAGGCCAUGAUGCAUGCUUCCUGUACAUCAGCAACCAACUGCACACACAUCUAUAACAUCGCACUUGCGAAUGCAGAGUCCACACAGUUCCCAGGCACAAAAUGGUUUAGCAAGGACAUAACUAUGGACCAUGUCUGGAACACCUUUAUCAUUUGCACACUGCUUGAAGAUUGCUGCGAACGCCAUUGUCUCCUCGACGUCAGUCAGACUGUCAACCAGAACGAGCGCUUCAUCAAGGCGAUGUCAGACAGGAACCGACGCAUGCGGACCUAUAACCAACCACUUGCUCGUCGGCACUUUUGUGCUAAGUGUACCCGUAUUUACAGUCAUGGUGAUAUAACCAACAAACUAGUCUCUGUCAUUGUGGUGGAUGGUGUCGUUACCGCUUUUGUUACGUCCACUCUGCACGCCUUGAGCAAUGUGCAAUCAAAGGCUGAGUCUGAAGCACUGCACACUCUGUGGGGCAAGUCUCACUUCCGUCUGCAUAAACACCUCGAGUGUUCAAGGGCUAUCCACAGGCGUCUUGCAAAUGUCCAAGUUGGAGACGACGAUGACGGAGAUGACGAUGACGCAACGCAAGUAAUUGGAGAGGAGGAGUAUGAUGUGAAAUUGGGAAAGAAGAAGAGACUUCGUGCGCAGUUCACCCGCAACUAUACUCAUUGUGAGGAGCUGAUUGUUGUGCCUUGCGGAAUGAUUCACGCUCGUGAGACUAUGCACAAUGCUGAGGGAGUGGGGAGUGUUGCUGAAUUUAUUCGCCAUGUCUUCAGGGACCCAGAGAUGUGCUCAACACAUAACGACCCAUUCUUUCAAGACAUCGGCCUUUCCAUCGACGUCUUCCACUUUGAGUGCAAACAUUCAAAGCAAGACACGUUCUUCCAAGAGAACUGCAACCCUGCCGCAUUUCCGGAGCUCAAGAUGGAUGACGGGGAGUGGUACUUUAACUCUUCCGCUUGCGAACAGACUAACUCCUGGUUCGGUAAAUUCAAUCCUAUCACGCGAGGCAUGAAGCCAGUGAAGUUUGACUUCUUUCUCGACGAAAUGAUCUUAUGCAGGAACCAGGAGAUGUUGAAAAAAUUGGAGAGGACUGGCAAGAAACCCUCAGUUUGGGCAAGGAUGAGUUCGCCUGGUGUCUGA